AUGUAUAAUGCCAAUGAAAGAGCCCCAUAUCAGAACAUGCAACCGGGACAGCAGAUAGGCCAGCAGCGUUUCCAGCAACAAGGCCAGCAGCAUUUGAGUGGCGAAAGCCUUUGGCAAAAUCAAUCAAGGCAAUAUAAUCAAGGUCAAACGUUUGAUAUGAAAAAUGGACCUCGAAAUCCACAUGGCAAGCAACCGAUGUUGAUGGCCAACAACGAUGUCUUCUCGAUUGGACCAUACAAGGCAAGAAAAGACAGUUCAAGGUUCUCCGUUCUGGAGAGAUAUGAAAUCAUUGGGUAUAUAGCUGCUGGUACCUAUGGUAAAGUUUACAAAGCAAAGAGGCGGCCUGAUUCUCAGGACGGUGGAGGCAAUAACGACGAGUCUCCAACCAUCGAAUUCAAUGGUAUGAGAGGUAUUUUUAACGACACAAGCAAUCUCGACACAAGCAACGUUAAUAUGAGAAGCUCAGAAUCUGCUUUUACAGAUCUGCGACCGGCAGAUCAGAAUGGAGGUCCACCCAAUGUCAUGCAGAUGUCUAAUCCAGCCAGCAUAGGGAACUUGUCAAGCACAAGCUCCACUGAUCUUCCAAAUCUAGCUAGAAACAAAGCACCUUCCACUUUUUAUGCUAUCAAGAAAUUUAAGACGGAAAGAGAAGGUAUGGAACAACUACAUUAUACUGGCAUAUCACAAAGUGCCUGUAGAGAGAUGGCACUUUGUCGAGAACUCAACAACAGGCAUCUAACCAAAUUAGUCGAGAUAUUCCUUGAAAGGAAGAGCAUAUACAUGGUAUAUGAAUAUGCUGAACAUGAUCUGCUACAAAUCAUCCACUUCCAUUCGCAUCCAGAAAAACGUAUGGUUCCUCAAAAAAUGAUUUGCUCAAUCAUGUGGCAGAUACUUGAUGGAGUAUCUUAUUUGCACCAGAACUGGAUCCUUCAUCGAGACUUGAAACCAGCAAACAUCAUGGUGACCCUAGAUGGUUGUGUAAAAGUUGGUGACCUGGGUCUAGCGCGGAAAUUCUCAAGCAUGCUACAAACAUUGUAUACUGGUGAUAAGGUGGUAGUGACGAUUUGGUAUAGAGCACCAGAACUUUUAUUGGGGGCAAGACAUUAUACUCCAGCCAUCGAUCUCUGGGCUGUGGGAUGCAUAUUCGCUGAACUAAUAGGGUUGCGACCAAUUUUCAAAGGUGAAGAAGCUAAGAUGGACUCCAAAAAAAGUGCGCCAUUUCAGGCAAAUCAAUUACAAAAAAUUUUGGAGGUGUUGGGUACACCAACACCAAAAACAUGGCCUCACAUUCAGAAGUAUCCCGAGUAUGAUCAGUUAUGCAAAUUUUCAAAGUACAGAGAUAACCUAGCAACUUGGUAUCACGCAGCAGGUGGUCGAGACAAGAGUGCUUUCGAUCUUCUUCACCAGCUUUUAAGAUACGACCCAAUAGCGAGAAUUGAUGCUGACACUGCUUUAGAUCAUGAUUAUUUUACUAAUGGAGACAAUCCAGUGUGCGAUAAUGCAUUCGAUGGAAUAAACUACAAGUAUCCAGCUCGGAGAAUUCACACAAACGAUAACGACAUCAUGAAUUUAGGCGCUCCUAAAGGUAAAAAUGUUAGUCAGCAGCAGAAUGCUGCUGCUAAUAAUUCUUCUUCGACAGCUCUAGGAGGGUUAGGGGUCAAUAGACGAAUCCUAGCUGCAGCUGCGGCUGCAGCUGCAGCUGUCUCGGGAAGUAAUCAAAGCACUAGCUCAAACUCACGCUCUUCUGAGCAUGUAAGGAAAAAGAGGAGAUAA